AUGCUCCCCGGAGUCCACGUCGCCUUCCAUCCCUCUUGUAGCUCACUUUCCUGUUUUCCCCUCUCCCCUCCCUCCUCCCCCGCUCCCCAUCCAGAGAGGGAGUGCGAGUGCAGCACGUGGCAUGCUUCCUCCUCGCUCUGCUGCUCCCCGGAGCACACGUGGCCUUCCAUCCCGCCGACUUCCACGCCCUGCCUCCCUUUCGCCUGCUGCGAAUCCUCUCUGCCGGCAUAUGGCACAACAUGGUGUGCUGGCAUAUGGCACAACAUGGUGGUGAGUGCUGGCAUAUGGCACAACAUGGUGGUGAGUGCUGGCAUAUGGCACAACGUGGUGGUGAGUGCUGGCAUAUGGCACAACAUGGUGGUGAGUGCUGGCAUAUGGCACAACGUGGUGGUGAGUGCUGGCAUAUGGCACAACGUGGUGGUGAGUGCUGGCAUAUGGCACAACGUGGUGGUGAGUGCUGGCAUAUGGCACAACGUGGUGGUGAGUGCUGGCAUAUGGCACAACGUGGUGGUGAGUGCUGGCAUAUGGCACAACGUGGUGGUGAGUGCUGGCAUAUGGCACAACGUGGUGGUGAGUGCUGGCAUAUGGCACAACGUGGUGGUGAGUGCUGGCAUAUGGCACAACGUGGUGGUGAGUGCUGGCAUAUGGCACAACGUGGUGGUGAGUGCUGGCAUAUGGCACAACGUGGUGGUGAGUGCUGGCAUAUGGCACAACGUGGUGGUGAGUGCUGGCAUAUGGCACAACGUGGUGGUGAGUGCUGGCAUAUGGCACAACGUGGUGGUGAGUGCUGGCAUAUGGCACAACGUGGUGGUGAGUGCUGGCAUAUGGCACAACGUGGUGGUGAGUGCUGGCAUAUGGCACAACGUGGUGGUGAGUGCUGGCAUAUGGCACAACGUGGUGGUGAGUGCUGGCAUAUGGCACAACAUGGUGGUGAGUGCUGGCAUAUGGCACAACAUGGUGGUGAGUGCUGGCAUAUGGCACAACAUGGUGGUGAGUGCUGGCAUAUGGCACAACAUGGUGGUGAGUGCUGGCAUAUGGCACAACAUGGUGGUGAGUGCUGGCAUAUGGCACAACAUGGUUGUGAGUGCUGGCAUAUGGCACAACAUGGUGGUGAGUGCUGGCAUAUGGCACAACAUGGUGGUGAGUGCUGGCAUAUGA